UACAAUAGCAUAUUUAUUGUGUUGCCCCGUAUACCUGUUUAUAUGUUGCCUGUGGUAGCCUUAACUGAGGUAGACCGAAAGCUUCAGUCUCUAUAUCGUCGGUUGUUCCACUGAGACUACGUCUGGCUCCACUAGAUCUCCGGAUAUAGAGACUGAACGAUCGCCUAUGCCAUCGCACGUUGAUACACUCUACGGGUAUACGAUAAGACGAUACUGCCCUGACGCUAAGUUAAAUCCUUUUUUUGUAAGAAUCGCAUGCACUAUCAUAUACAAUUUGCAUUUAGAAUUAAACCACACAUGAUAAACAUUAAGAAAAUAUGUGCCUUGGACCUCUGCAUAUGAAAUCUUCUUCAAAAAAGUGUUAUUAUCUCUUCCACUUGACUGUCUUUAGACGUCAGCCAUCUUGAAUCAAAGUAAUGAAUAUUCAUGCCAAAGUUUUUUAGUCUGCACCCCAUUGACCUCAUUCAUAGACGUGCGCGUACGCGCACGUACAUGUACAUCACGCUGCUGCUACUCACGUUUGAGUUCUUGUGUUGCCUGCUUCACGUGCGCGCGCUAUCCUCGACGUGACGCGCGGAGGAGCUAGCCGAGGCGAGGUCAUUGAAUAUUCAUUAGCCACCAUUUUGAUUUCUGUCGGUCAAUGCUUGACGUGGGUCAUCGAGAAGCAGCCAAAAGCUUGGUAACUAUGGGGACAUAAACUUCUGAAGACUUAAGAGCUUAUUGUUGGGUCCUUAGCCUUGCAUCAUGUUUAACUCGAUCCUUGAGAAGCUACGAUCACCUACCCAGCCAGAGAAUCAACAGUUAUUCUCUGUCAUGGUGCCUGGACGAGCUGACCAAGGCAGACCUGAUCAAGAGGAAGAUGGAUUCUUGCUCAUUGGUGAGACUGCUAGUGAAAGAAACACCAUACUGCCUGCUCAUCAUACCCCCAACAGCGUGUACCUUCCUUCUUAUUCACAGGUUGAGCAAUCAGCAAAUAACCCAGUCCAGCCAUCAUCCAGCAGGGCAUGGUCAUCACACCUUCUAUCAUCACCACCUCCAACAUCCAGCCCUGCAGGGAGGAGCAAUCAAGUUGAUUCACAGACAGGCCAUAGUCCCACAUAUGCCAACCUCGUCACAGAAGAUAUCCCAUUCCGAUUGUCAGAGCAGUUGUACUUUGCUCAGAAACUCUCAACAGACACAAGCUACUUUUCCGUGCCCCAUCUCCCCAGCUACAAUCCAACUAAAUAUCUCUAUGACUUUGAGGAGGAAAGGAGAAUGCUAAGAGAAACAGCUGAUACUUGUGAUUGAUAUGCAUUGAUUUUCUUUGAUGUCCCAUAGUACUUAAGUCAAGUUGACCUACUUGCAAGCUCUACAAGAACUUUAGGGGUUCCAUUUUAUAAGGUGAAAGUGUUCACCUAGGUCAACAGAGGCAUUUAUAAAAGCAGGCCUGAUAAAAACCCGAUUUAAAUCGGUUUCCGAAUUUUUUAUUUUGCCCGAUUUUUUCCAGAUUUUUUUCUUUUUC